AUGAGGGAGACUUGUGUUGCCAGCGGGUUGCCUUGUGUGACCACGCUGGUCAACAUGCUGUCCACAACUCCACGACAAGACGGCAACGUGCUGCCCAGUUUAAGCCACUCGCCACUUAGUCAGACCGAGGGGCAGUGUCAAGAUCCUUGGAGACCCUAUGAUAACAAAUGCUACUACAUCUCAAGUGACGUGAAAUCAUGGCCGGACGCAAGAAGCGACUGCGAGAUGAGAGGGGGUGAUUUAAUGAGCAUCAGCACUGUGCAGGAAAGGACAUGGAUUAGGACUCAGAUUGGGGUGUCUAAUAUCUAUUGGAUUGGUUUGAAUGAUGUCGUCUCUGAAGGAGUGUGGGAGUGGUCAGAUGGUUCUCCUUUUCUUGAAGAGCUACAGAACUGGCGUCCCGGGCAACCUGAUAACUGGCAGGAUAACGAGGACUGUGUCCAAUUUGCAGCUUCUGACUCUGCCAGGUGGAACGAUGAAUUCUGCACUGUCGCUCGCAAUUAUAUCUGCAAAAGACUGACCCCAAACCCACCUACACAGUGCGAUACUGCUAACGGAUGGGAACUGUUUGGUUCAAACUGCUACAAACUGAAGAAUGAGCCUCAUAAAUCCUGGUUCUCAGCAAGAAGGGACUGUGUUACAGAAGGAGGGGACCUUGUGUCCAUUUUAAAAGAAGAUGAGGAACACUACGUUAUCAGCAAGAUGGAUGCUUCCUCCUUUGAUGUCUGGAUAGGAUUUUCAACUCUGAGCUGCACACCGUUCUCCUGUGAAGUUCAGCCCAACAAUGUGAAUUUUCUUUGGUCAGAUGGAUUAAGUUCCAGUCCCAGUUUUACCAGCUGGGCAGCUGACCAGCCUGACCUAAGCUUUAAGGAAACUGGGAUUUGCUCUGCUGUCGUGAAAGACGAAGGGGCCGAUUAUGGAAAAUGGAAAUCCCACCUUUGCCGUCACGAACGGCCAUACAUGUGCAAAAGAGGACUUAACACGAUUUGCCCUCCCGGAUGGAUCGGCUUUGACAGUCACUGCUACUGGGUUGUUAGUAAUCCUAAUCUUCUCACCACUUGGUCUGAAGCCCAGGGCGAGUGCUCACGUUUAGGGGGCAAUCUGCUGAUAAUAAACAGCCAAGCUGAACAGUACUUCAUUAAUGGGUUUCUGCCAGAUCUACUGCAGAGUGAAGUGCCUGACAUCUGGAUCGGCUUAUCUGAUCAGGAUGCAGAUGGCACGUUUAGAUGGGUGGACAGAAAGGACAUCACUUACCAGAACUGGGCUGUUUCUCAUCCACACAACGUUCCGCAUCUCUGGGACUGUGGGCAGAUUUAUACCGGUAAUGUCGAGGGAAAGUGGGAAACAGCCAACUGUUUCAGAAACUUGGGGUUUGUCUGUGAAAUGGCUGGAGGCCAAAACAUCCAACCCACUUCAAAGCCAGAUAAGCACUGUGACCCAGGGUAUCUUCUCUUUGGUGAUUCCUGUUAUCAUUUUGAAAGUGAUUUUGCCAAGAACUGGCAAGAUGCCAAGCAGCAGUGCCUUAAUGAUGGAGGAGACUUGGCAAGCAUCCACAGCCCAGAAACACUGAGUUUUCUGACAGCACACAUGUCAGGUUCUUCAUGGGUGGGGCUGAAUGACAAACAAGCUGAGGGAACCUAUGUGUGGUCCGAUGGGAGCCCAAAGGAUUUUGAAAUUAUCUGGUCUGAGGGUCAGCCUGAUAACUGGGAGGACAAUGAAGACUGUGUGCAACUCUAUGGCCCUGAUGCAUGGACACCGGGAUUCUUCAAUGACCAGAACUGUGACUACUCUUACCCCUUUAUAUGCAAAAAAGGGGAAGGGCAUGGACCAAGACCAACACCUCCACCAGGCCGCCCAGGUUGGACCCAGAAAUGUGGGUAUUGGGACUCAGAUCCAUUCAAUGACUACUGCUACCUGUUCCAAUCUCUGUCCUUGAAGACCUGGGCCGAUGCUCGCAGAGACUGUCAGAAUCAGGGUGGAGAUCUGGUUAGCAUCACUGAGCCUUUCGAGCAGGCUUUUAUCCAAGCAAAAAUAUCGACAGUACCAACAGGCGUGGCACUGUGGAUGGGUGGCCAUGAUUCAGUCAGCGAAGGUGGAUGGCAGUGGACGGAUAAUUCCCCCUUUCGUUACAUCAACUGGUACACAGGCAAUCCCGAUGACUACUAUGGAGAGGACUGCACUACAGUACGAAUACGGGAUGGGUACUGGAAUGAUGACAACUGUGAUUUCCACCGAGGAUACAUUUGUAAACGUCGAGGAAAUUCCCCCCCUCCUGAAGAUCAUCCACAAGAAGGCUACACAACUGUCCACAUCUGCCAGGAUACCAGCGCCACAAUCACAUGCCCACACAACAGUGUGAUCCGCAUACAGGCUGCCAUGUUUGGGAGACAGAGCUCCACAAUUUGUCCACUUGAGUCUGGAACAUCAGGUUCCUGUCUCGUGGAAAACUCCCUGGCAACAGUCCGGCAGUUUUGUGAGAAUCGCAAUCACUGCUUCCUCCUUGCACAUGCCGAACACGACCCCUGUCCUGAGGUCUCCAAGUACUUGGAGGUGGUCUACAGCUGUGAGCAGAAUGUUUGUGUGAGAGGACUUGGUAUGGAAGAUGGGAACAUCACUAAUGGGCAUCUAUCAGCAUCUUCUUCUUCCAGUAACCAUGGACCAGACCACGCCCGCCUCAAUGGGAACUCUUGCUGGAUGCCCUCCAGUGCUGCGAAUUCCUGGAUCCAGGUGAAUCUGGGUGAGGUGAAGAAGGUGACUGGAGUGGUGCUGCAGGGGUGUCCUACAGAUGACCACUGGGUGAAAUCCUACAAAGUACAGAUCAGUGCUGAUGGCUCAACAUGGACAAAUUACCAAGACACGGAAUUCACUGGUAACACUGACCGCAACACUGCAGUGACUCACCUGUUUGGGCAACCUCCUGUAGUCCAGCACAUCAGGAUUCUACCACAGACCCACAACAUCCAGCUUGGCCUUCGCAUGGAGAUCCUGGGGUGCAGAGCAAACUAUACUUUUACGUGUGGGUCCAUCCCUGCAUAUAGCUUUGUUAGCGAUAGAACGACGUUACACUGCCCUGCUGGAUGUGCAACACAAUACUACAGCGUGUAUGGCUCUCAUGUGUACCGUGGGGACUCCAAUAUCUGUGCGGCUGCUAUUCAUGCUGGAGUAAUCCUCAAUGAGAAUGGGGGAGAAUGCACAAUGCUGAAAGAAGCUGGGCUCUCGCAUUAUUCAGCAUCCACUAGAAAUGGCAUCACUACCAAGCAGUAUGAUGGGAGUUAUUCACACUCUUUCAAAUUUGCUGAUGGAGAAAUGCGGUGUGCGGGUCCAGACUGGUAUGAAUUUGGAGAUUUCUGCUACAAACCGUUUAAUGACAAACAGACCUGGUUCUCUGCCCGCCAAGAAUGCAGGAAGAUCGGAGCAGAGCUGGUGUCCAUUCUCUCCCAAUCAGAGCAGAGCUGGAUUGAGAGCUACCUUUACAUGGCUACCAGUGAUAUGUGGAUUGGCAUGAAUGAUCUGGAAAUGCAAAACUACUUCAUCUGGUCUGAUGGUCAGCUGGUCAGAUUCACUUACUGGGAUAGCGGGCGACCCACCAACCAUAAUACAUAUAAUAAAAACUGUGUAGAAAUGUUGUACAAGAAUGGAAGAUGGAAUGAUGUCUCAUGUUCGGAACUGAACACGUACAUCUGCAAACACUCCAAAGACCACUACCCAGCUCCAUCCAUUUCACCCACUGUCUAUGGAUGCCAAGAGGGCUGGGAAGGAUACCGUUAUUCUUGCUACUGGCUUGAAGAGACUCCUCUGACGUGGUCUGCCGCCAAAACUUUUUGUCAGUCAAAGAGCAGCACAUUACUUCACAUCCUGGACAUCUUUGAGCAGUCGCACUUCACUUACAGGCUGACAGAGUACUCUGGUUUCUGGUGGAUUGGCAUGCGGGCAAAAGGAAAUGCUUUGGGGGGCGUCGAUUAUGAGUGGGACAACAAGGCCCCAGUCACCUUCACACACUGGGACCGAGACCAGCCAGAUAACCAGGAAGGAAGUUGUGUUUCCAUGACAUCAGGCCCAGCUGGAGGGUUCUGGGAUGACCAGCCUUGUGAUUCCUCAUUCCCUUUUGUGUGUGAGGCAGAGAGGAACGGGAUUUCUCCCCCACCUCCCAUCACCACUGAGGCUCCGUCUGAAGGCUGUGCGAAUGGCUGGAAAUCAACCAACGGGCUCAGUCACUGCUACAAGUUUUUCCUAAAUGACCACUCCAAGAAACGUAACUGGCAGAGCGCCCGCCAGGACUGCCUUUCCAGAGGGGCGGAGCUGGUCAGCAUUCACAGCUCGGGAGAGCAGCGCUUCCUCUCCUCUGGGGACGUUGGCAGGACCGCCUGGAUCGGACUCCAGAACGACCCCUUGAGUGGAGGGUAUCAGUGGAGUGAUGGUUCUCCUGUUGGCUUUACUAACUGGGGGUCUGGAGAACCCAACAACCACCAGGGCAGAGAGAACUGCGUGGAGAUGGGGAUCAGGUCAAACUACUCCUACUGGAAUGACCUUAACUGUGAUGCCGUGAAAGACUGGAUCUGUGAAAUCCGAAAAGGACAGGCGCCCAUUAUUCCACCAGUUCCUCCCCCUGACAUACCAGCCAUUGAGUGUGGAACAAACCCAGGCUGGAGGAAAAAUAAUGGCAUGUGUUACUAUUACAAUGACACGGAGAUCACUGACCUGUACACCGCGGCUCUCCGCUGCUAUGAAGAGAAUGCACGGCUGGCCUCCAUUGCUGAUGAAGAGGAGCAGAGCUUCCUCACCAGCAUGGUUGGAACAGGAGCAGUUGAAUAUGCCUGGAUUGGAUUAAAGGAAAUGGGUGUUGUGGGAGGAGAAUACCACUGGCUAGACUUUUCACCAGUCACUUUUGUCAAUUGGGCACCAGGAGAGCCCAAUGACGCUAAUGGAGAAGAGCAGUGUGUUCAAAUGAGCCGGCACGCAGGAACGUGGUAUGACAUGAACUGUGGCAAAACGUCAGCAGGAUAUGUGUGUAAGAAAUAUCCAGGAGAUAGUCAUACUGCUCCCCCUCCUACUCAGCCAUGGAGUGGACAUUGCCCACAAGACUGGCUGCUCUUUGGGAAUAAAUGUUUCCUAUUUAAGGGAAGACAUGAUGGGAAGGAUGAAUUCCAUGCUAACUGGACCUUUGCUCAGACAUGGUGUGGAGACCAGGGAGGAGACCUGGCUGUCAUUGAUAACCAAUAUGAGAAUGAUUUUGUUGCAAGCUACUUGGAGGAUAUCCGAGCCCCCGUGUGGAUUGGCCUGUCUGAUGUUCUCCAUGAGGGGAAAUUCACCUGGAGUGAUGGAAGCCAGGUGCUCUACACCAACUGGAACGCUGGGGAGCCCAACAACUUCGGAGACUCAGGGGAACACUGUACCAUGAUUGCACAUAGCCACCGGGAAACAGGGCGCUGGAAUGAUGGAGGGUGCCAGUCUAAGUUAGGAUUCGUCUGCUACAGGAAAAAAUCAAACAGCAUACCGCCACCGCCCCCCACAAAGAGCCCAUGCCCGCAUGGUUACACCUCUUGGAAGAAGAACUGCUACAAGCUGGUGGCAGAGCCUGAGCUGCAGGCCAGCUGGCAGGAUGCUCAGGCUGCCUGUGAGAAGGAGAAGGGCAGCCUGGCCAGCAUCGACCACAGCUAUGAACAGAACUUUGUGGCUGGGGUUGUGCUUCAGGGGAGAGUUGAUGCGUGGAUCGGACUCAGGCGCCAAGGGGAUGGCUCUUACACCUGGGUGGAUGGUUGGCCGGUGUUCUAUACACACUGGGGUCCAGGGGAGCCCACCAAUCACAAUGAAGAGGGCUGUGUGACCAUGCACAGCCCACCACUGUUCCACUGUUGCACCUGGAACGACACCUCCUGUAGCCAAAAACAAGCUUACAUCUGCAAAAUUACCUCAGAGAAGCCUCCCCCCACUCCAGCACCAGGAGACGGUAUGUGUCGACAGGGCUGGCACACCUAUGGGCGUUACUGCUAUCUUGUUGUCAGUGAGAAGAAGGGUUUCUCCUGGCCGGAUUCAAGACAUUAUUGCCAGAUGGGAAGCGCAGAGCUUGCCUCCAUCCACAGCCGAGCAGAAGUGGAGUUCUUAGUGAAGCUUAACUACACCAGAUACCACAACCUCUGGAUUGGACUGACCAAGGAUAGCUCAUAUGGAUGGGCUUGGACAGAUAAAUCAUCUUUUGGUUUUGUGAACUGGGCCCCGGGAGAACCCAAUGAGAUAUUCCACCCUGGAGGAGGCGCUGAGAAGUGCGUGGAGAUGUACGUUCAGGACGGGAAGUGGAACGACAACAACUGCCUGGAAAAGAGAGGCUUCAUCUGCCGCCACCGCCAGUACUACCAAACUGAUGGGAAUGGUGGCAUUAUAAUCCCUACGGACUCCCCAGGAAGCAGCACCGAUGCUGGACUGAUUGCAGGAAUCUUGAUUGGGGCUCUCUUGCUCUGUGUGAUAGCUGGCCUUUCCUACUAUUUCUUCAAAGUGCGUGGGGUGAAAAUCACUAAUUUUAAGAUUGAUGUGCCCAGUUUCAACAACCCUAAUUUCAAUGGAGCUUCAGAAACAUAAGCCUUUAGAUCAUCAUCAGUGGUAUCAGCCAUGAGAAGAAUCAACACCGUAAAUACAUAUUGAAAUUCAGCUCGUCCGACUGAGCGGCUUCUUCAAAUGACUGACUAAUAAACUAUGAGCUACAGGUCCUGAAGAUUAUUGUGAAUUAACUUUGUCUUCUAAUAAUGUGCAGUAACACUGUGAUUUGACAUACAAUUCAGAGGAAAUAAUGUAUAAAGUAAUACUAUAGUCUUCUGCCAGUUGUUAAUGAAUGUAUUUUACAUUAAACUGUGUGUUUUGUAUUUGGAGAUGAAUAUAAUUUCAUAAUGCAAUGAACAUGUGUAAUGUACAAAUAAACCUUUUCAUUUGUA